GCCGGUACUGUGUAAGUCAUUUGGGCGUGGCUGGGAAAUAUCUUGACGUGAGCUAAAAUCAGCUCAGGCUUCACUCGCUCAUCUCGGAAACUGUCAGGUAGCCUGCAGCGGCUUUAGAUGUUAGGUCAAAGACGCAGUGCGUGGCCAAUAAGUGUCACAAUGCGUUUUUAAGCGCAACCCCCUUAAAAAAGGUGACCUCGAAGGUUCCAUGCCAACAGUUUUGCUUAAUUGUACAAGAAGACGCCAAGUUGCAUUUGGCACUCACUUGAGUGUUACACACCCGCUGCUCACACCUUGGCCCACACAAUUGGCGUCACUGCAAAGCAAACCGACCGGGCUUCAUUCCUCAAGUCACAUCUCACCGCAGUUGCAUGGCGAGGCGCAGUUGGUCAGCUUGACAAAAAAGAAAUAACACAGUAAAAUUCCAGCUUUAGCUCCAGAUAUAGCAGCGUUACGCAUGUGGGGCCCAUUGUUGUGCUCACGGCCCGGAGCAGUCGACAUCAGAACAGGAGGAUGCUGCUGAGGCACGGCGGCCACCUGACAGCAACCUACAAACUUUGAUAUCUGUGGACAUAAAAGCGAAGCAGACCAACCAUGAGGGACAGACUAACUCACCUCCAGGAGCUGUCCAGCGGCCCCAUGGAGCCAAUGGAGUACGCGGAGUCCGUUGUCUCUGACUCCUUCAGUAAUGUUGACCUGGAGGAUGAGUUGCCUCAUGAAGCAGUGGUGUUUAGCGACAACAGCCCUGCUCUGGGCGAAAUCUUUGCCCAGGCACAAGGUAUCCACAAAGACAUCCAGCUCAUCCGCCUGGAAGUUAAGAGGCUUCGUGAGCAGAACUCCCGCAUGUUCCAAGCCACCACCACCAUGAGCACCAUUAAAAAGGACUCUAACACUAUUGGAGCUGAUAUCAAGGCGCGAGCUGAGGAUGUGCUAGCACGUCUACAUAAAAUGGACGACAUGACGCAGAAACUAGAAGAAACGCACGGCACAAAUUCUGCUGUGACACGUAUCGCCAGAACCCAGUACGCCUGCCUCAGUAAUGGCUUUCGCGAUGCGAUGUUUGACUACAAUGCGGCCGAGAUGAGCCACCGUGAAAGCUGUAAAGCCCAGAUCCAGAGGCAAAUGGAGAUAAUGGGGCGCGAGGUGACGGGAGAGGAGGUGGAGGAGAUGAUUGAGAAAGGUCAGUGGAACAUCUUCAACGACAACAUCGUGACUGAAGGCAGAACGGCGCGCUCGGCUCUGUCCCAGGUUGAGAAACGGCACCAGGAGCUGCUGGAGCUGGAGAGCCGCAUCAAGAGCAUCCAUGAGAUAUUCCUGGACAUCGCCAUGCUGGUAGAGGAGCAAGGCCCCAUGCUGGACUCUAUCCAGAACAACGUUCAGAAAACUGAUGCUGUCAUGCAGGAUGUCCUCUUCAAACUUGGCAAGGCAAAACGCCAUGACAGCAAGAACCCGUUUAGAAAGAUGUUUUGCAGCUGUUUUCCGUGCGUCGACUAAUCAGUACAACAGGAUGACAAAGACGAUGACAUCUAGCUCUUAGGAUAUUCAAAAUGUUCAACGUGUCACGAAAAUGUUAUUUUCACAAUAUUUAUCAUCACGGUCUUUGUAGUAGCCUAAUAUUUUCUCAGAGAGUAAAAUGAAGGUUUGAGGGAAAGGGUUCAAACUGCUUGGUUUAAAUGCAAAAAUUCUUGGGUUAAACUUCAUAAAACUCUAUUUAUGUAAUUCCUUGAUUUUUAAUGUCUGUAGUAAAGGUUUGAGACAUAACCUGUGUCAAAUAACAAUGACCUAGGCAUGAUGCAUACUUGAAACAAAUGGUACGUGAAGGUAUUUUUCAGCUUGCUCAGGUUACACAUUUACUAAUAACUAGCUUUCAGGUAUUUUUAUACAAUUUCUGAAAGUUCCAUUAAAAUAACCUUGAAGAAAUGUUUGGUUUGUCACUACACAUCUUAGCACCAAUACCAUGGAUGUUGUGGCUGAAGUAAAACAGAGGGUACCGGUAACGAAGCAGUUUAACAGGGAUAUAACUUCUGCAGGGAUUGUACUAGUGAUGCACCAUGCGCGCUACCUUAUUUUAACUUCUGCAUAUUAAAAUGUUUUUGUCUGUCUUAUGUGAUUUCUCUUACAAGUAAAUAUAAAAUAUAUUAAAUAUAA